AUGGUGCAAGACUACACUUUUAUUGAUGCUCUUCCUUUCAUGGAGAGUUGUCUUCCUUCGCUCGAUAUUCAACCUAUCCGACACCUAUUUCCAGGAGAUGAUUUUUCCUUUGGAGAUAAUGGAAAUGAGACUGAGAAUGGAGUUAACAAUCAAAGUGGUGCUGAUAGAGAACAUGUGGCUGAAGAGAGGAAGAGGAAGAGGCGGUGCAUGAGAAUUGAUCAUGAAGUGAAAAGUGGUAGUAGUACUAGAAGCUAUUCAUCGUCGAGAUUGUUGUCUAGGGAAACAAUCUCCUCGUACUUUUACAUGCCUAUAACUCAGGCAGCUAAGGAACUCAACAUCGGCUUGACCCUUUUGAAGAAAAGGUGCAGGGAGUUGGGUAUUCGUCGUUGGCCUCAUCGGAAACUCACCAGCCUCCAAACCCUAAUCCGGAACAUUCAGGAGUUGGGAAAGGAAGAAGAGGAGAACGAAGAGAAGCUUCGGAAUGCGAUCGAGUUGUUGGAGAGGGAGAAGAAGUUGAUGGAGGAAGCUCCUGAUAUGCAACUGGAGGAUAAUACCAAGCGGUUGAGACAGGCUUGUUUUAAGGCCAACUACAAGAAGAGAAAGAUCUCUUUCCUUCAAUCCCCUCUACCUUCUUCUUCUUCCCUUCAAUCCCCUCUACCUUCUUCUUCUUCUUCUAUCUCUUUGGUGUCUGGGUAGUUAGAUCUGCUAAGAUUUUGAUCAAUUUGUUGUCUGAGUAGAUUGACCUGGUAAGAAUUGUGAUCCAACCAAUAGAAUUGAGGCAACCCGGAAACUUUCCAUUUGCCAAGUACCCAAAUAUCAUAGCAUUGUAAGAAACCGAACUCCUCCAACCCAUUGCAUUAAACACAUGCAGAGCCACUUCGCAUUGGCCAUUGAUCAUUUGGGUACUAAUUUCCAUGUUAAAUUUAACAACUUCUGAGUCGGAAGCAUUUGACAACCUAUUCAUGGAACUCUUCUACUUUUGGGUAUUUGUUUUCUUCCAUGGGAUUGGGUUUGGGUUAGUGGGAUUUCCAAAACUGAUGUUGAUGGGUUUCUGGGUUUUGGCUGAGCUUGAGAAGUCAGUUGGUUCUUUAUUCUUUUUCUACUCCACCAAUCAUUCUUCUGGUGUUCUUUCUUGUGUUGUUCUUGUUAGUGGGAUUUCCAAAACUGAUGUUGAUGGGUUUCUGGGUUUUGGCUGAGCUUGAGAAGUCAGUUGGUUCUUUAUUCUUUUUCUACUCCACCAAUCAUUCUCCUGGUGUUCUUUCUUGUGUUGUUCUUUCUUAUUAUGAGUUUGUUCUUCUGUGGUAAUCCUUAGUCCUACGGAGCACCAAACAUGGUUCAAGUAUUAGUUUAGCAUAAGCCAGGCUUGAGAAGUCCAGGACUCUCAUAGAAAUUAAGGUGAGGCAUGGUAGUCCCGUGAAACAAACAUGCCCUUAUUGGACUCCUACUCCCCCCACAUUGCAAAGCUCGAACAAGGACUCCACCUUGAACUUGCUUACUGUAAGAGGAUCGAUGGCCAUUGUGGAGACUUCUUUGUCGUGAGUUGUCAACCAUGUGCAGCACUAGAUCAGAAUGAGUAUGUCUACCUUUCAGAAUUGACAACCAAUCUACAUCUAGGAUUAAUGAUUCAUUGAGCUGUAGUGUUAGUGAUAGAUCAGUGUAGUGAGCUGUAUGCUCUACUUUUGUAAUCCUAUUUAUACUUCAGUGUAAGAUUAAUAGAAUAUACCGAUUUACUCAAUAUCUAACUUGGUAUCAGAGCUGAGAUCCAAAAGGACUUUGUCUCCUUAAUUCUUUGUUCAAGAUCAGACCGAUCUUCGUCUCUUCUGAGACCGAUCUUCGCCUGCAAUCAUUCAUCACCCAUCUCAGAGCAAUUUUCUCUCUGCACCCAUCAAGCAGGCAACCUUCAUCAAAGCAGGCAGCCUUCAUCUUUCCGGAUCGGCGUCCUUCAUCUGUCCCAAGAUCGGACUCAUCUCAAACCUCAGCAACUUCA